AUGUCGGAAAAGGAAGACAUCAAAGCUAUUUUGACGAAUCCAAAGAUGCUAGAUCGCCCCAUUGAAUUUGACAUUUUCAAAGCAUGGCUUGGUGAAAGUCUUUUUACGUACAAUGGUGAUGGAUUUGACACAAUGUCUUCUUCGCUAUCUUUCCUCACUUUCUGCUUAGCCAAAUAUCCAGAAGUUCAGGAGAAAGUUUAUCAGGAAAUCAAGGAAAAUAUUAAUCCAGAUGAGCCUCUUACCGUUCAAACAUUAAACACACUAAAAUACACGAAUUUAGUCAUAAAAGAAGCUCUAAGGAUGUAUACACCUGCCCCUUCAGUACUUCGUUCUAAUUCAGAACCUCUUGAACUAAAUGGAUACACUUAUCCUGCAAAUACAUCUUUCGUUUUAAGUCUCUACAAUGCACACCUUAAUCCUGAAAAUUAUCAAGAUCCCGAAAAAUUCUUGCCAGAAAGACAUGACGUUAUCAAGAGCUCAGAGAAUAAUAACAUUUUUAGUUUUCUUUCUUUUGCACCAGGAGUACGCGGAUGCCGAGGUAACAAAAUUGCAGAAUAUCAGUUGAAAACAUUUGUCGUUAAAAUGUUAAAUUCAUAUAAAAUUGGUUUGAAAGAAGGUUUUGAGCCGGAGCUUUCAUGGGAUAUUGUGUUAAAGCCUUACAACGGAAUAUGGAUUAACUUGAGUGCUCGCAAUUAA